AAGAUGUCUAAAAAGAAACUGAAGAAAUUAACUGGAAAGGAAGACUGUUUGGAUGGCCAGGAUGACAAAAACUCUGAAGACGCCAGAUCUUAUAAAUAUACUAUGAAAGGAGAGACACAACUUCAGAGAUUUAAUAUAGAGAAAGGUGGCAAAGAGAAGAAGCAAGACCAAAGUUCUGCUGUUUCUCAUGGAACUAUUGGAAGAUCACAAGGAGAAUCUCUGAGAAGAUCACGGGGAGAAUCUUCAAAUAAGUCCCGAGGAGGAUCUCCAAAUAGGUCCCAAAGUGAAUCUCCAAAUCAAAGCAAACCCACAGACAAUUCUUUAAUCCAAACUGAAAAGCAAAAGAAGAUAGUUAUCCAGUUUAAAGCCAAAGAAAUUAAGCAUGGCAAAAGUACAUGCACUCCUGAGGUAGGGGCUACUGGCAGAAGUCGUUUUGCUGGAACAGAAGGGAAAAAACUCCGGCAUAGCUUUGAACUUCAGAGGGACAAGGCACUGAAGAGGAAGGUGGCAGAGAAAGCUGCUGAACUCUGCAAGGUAAAGCUAAAAGCAGAAAAAACGAUGGUGGAAAAGUUCAAGUCAUCUGUGUCUGAUUCACAUAUACCACAUAGAAAAGCAGAUGGAGCAAAAAACCAGAAUGAAGAUGUCAGGAUUCCCAGAAAACUAUCUGACACCUCUGCAAGGACUUUGCGUGGAGACAGGCCUUCCACUAAGAAGCCAAGCAGACUACCUAGGCCUUGGGAAGAAGAGUCUGAAGAACAAUGUAAGGAAUUUCCUAAGAAAAAACACCAUAUGACUAAACACAGACCAUCAUACUAUUCACCUGAACCACCCAAACAGUGGGACCCCUGUGAACAAAGGAAAAGAGAUGCUGAUUCGGGUAAAGCCACUGGUGAUUCAGGGCCUGCAGAAAGGGACAUUGAACCAUCAUGUUCUAAGCAGAGCUUUGAAGUCUUUCCACCUCCACAAGAUAGUCAGAGCCUGGAAACAGACCAAGAGAUGCAGAUAGUUGAAGAUCUGCAUGUUGCUCGUGUGGAGAAGAGAAUGGCACUGCCUGUAGUACAGACAUGUGGAGAGCUCACAAGCAUGGAAAUAGAUCUUCCAGAACCAGAUUUGAAUACCUCUGCUGAGGCUCUUAGUUCUGGUCUGAACAUACUAGUGGUGAUCGACACAAAUAUAAUGAUUAGUCACCUGGAGUUUGUUAGAUCCCUGAAAUCUGAGGACAUACCAGGAGUUGGCAGGCUUGCAUUAAUAAUUCCAUGGGUCGUUCUGCAAGAGUUGGACAACCUGAAGAAGGGGAAAAUGUUGCAGCAUGUUCGGGACAAAGCUAUCCCUGCAGUCCAGUUCAUCUACAGCUGUCUUAAAAACCAAGAUUCAAAACUAUGGGGACAGUCUAUGCAGCUUGCCUCCCAAAAAAUGUAUGGCCUGAGUGAUGAGAACAAUGAUGAUCGUGUUCUGCAGUGCUGUCUUCAGUAUCAGAAACUCUUUCCUCAAGCUGUUGUCAUACUCUGCACGGAUGAUAAAAAUUUAUGUAAUAAAGCCAUUGUGAGUGAGGUCAAGGCCUUCUGCAAAGCUGAUUUGGUUAAAACUCUACGGAAUCUGAACAUGAACAGGCACCAGGACUCUGCUGAGCUGCAGCACUCAAAAGGUGAUGCAGAAUUGGAGAAAACAGGAAGAGGUGAUGCUAGUCUGACUGCACGAUUCCCAAAUAUGCUUCCAGACCUUGAAAAGAACUUAGGAGAAUCUUUAUCUUGUAUUUUGGAGACUGAAAUGAAAAUUGCUUAUGGAAACCUAUGGAUGGAGAUACUCUAUCUGAAGCCACCAUGGACAUUAAUAAACCUGCUGAAGUGUUACAAAAAACACUGGAUGGCUGUUUUUGGUUAUGUUGUGCCAAGGAGUUUACUUUCAGCCAUUGAAUGUCUCUAUAAUCACCUUUGUACAGGUAAACCACUUGACUCUUCAGCAGUGCGGAUCGUGCUCCAGGAAUCCAAAAAAUUAUUGCAUGCUUUCAGUUCAAGGUCAGACUAUGAUGGGGUGCUUCCCCAGGCCUAUGCUGCACUGAAUAAGCUCUACCAAAUGCUUACAGAGGUGAGGUCAGACAGUGAGCAGGAUUUAUCAGAAGACAUCAUGGUUCUUUCAGAAAAUGCUGUAUGUGAAAAAAUGGAAGCAAUGGCACCAACUCUGCAAGAGUCUGAAGAAGGAAAGUUACAUGCAAGCUUUCAGGUGGCUCAAGAAAACAGGCACCAGGAAAUCUGGUCAGUCCUUGAAGGUGUAUGGAAUACAAUAAACUUGUACAGUAUUGAAAUUUUCCAGAAGUUGGACCCUAAUGCAGUGACGACAAAGACUUUAUUUGAAGAAGCUUUCUUAGGUCUGCAGAAACUGUUGGCUGCUGUGAACGAUGUCCGAGAAGGAAUUAGCAGAAUCCUGACCCCAACCAGUAGCUUCCAAGAUAUUUGGACUCUCAAUAACUUCCUCGUAAGCAACGAGAUCAAUCACAGUAUCAAAUUCACUGCUGAGGAGCUUUAUGAGUGUGUUUCACAGGAGACCUAUCGGGAGCGGCUGCAGGUUGGCUGUGGGCAGCUGGCCCAGCUGGAGCACACCAUUAAGCAGUGUCAUGCGUCGGUUCAUGCGGAGGCUAAGAACAGGGGCUGGCUGUGA